AUGACAAUCUGCAAAAAGAUGACAUCAUUCUUUUGGCUAGUAUUGUGCAUUUUGUCACAUUUUGCUUCGGCGAAUUGGGAUGAAGCUACGGGCCACUUGAGAGAUUUCAAGCCUUCCAAUGAUUGGCUCAGCCGCAAUCGCCUGCAAUUGUUUGCUACCUUCACAGUGCAACAUGCGGAUGACAAUUAUCAUGGCUGUCCUUACGGGAUCUGCUGUGCUUAUACCGUUCUACCGUCUCCCCGGGAUUUCGUCGCCGAUUUUACCAAUGCGCAUUCCUUCUUCUGGCACAACUUGGGCGGAAUGCCUGGUCUGGGGACGAACCCAAUUCGGGACCCCCAAACUGGUCAACCUGGAUACGAGACCAGUGAUGGUGUUUUUCAUGUGGGCCCGCCGAACUCUAGACUUCGUCAAAACGGGCACGAUUCCCAUUACCCAGGAUUUCGUCUGCCACCAGCGUGGCCCAGAGUUGGAUACCCUGAUUGGAUGACCAAGCAACCAGCGCAUCCUAAAUGUGGUGUUCCGAAUGGACCGAAUCGUGACCCGGGACAACAGAGGGGUGGGCAAUAUAAGCCAGCUCCUGCUGUAGCCUACUCUCCACCAAAAAUCUCAAGAUUACCUAUUUACUUGGGACCUCGAGCCAACAGCUUAGCUGGUCAGUAG